UUCCGUAGCCAUGCGGCAAGGAUUCGCAACCCCAGAAGUUGGCUGUUCAUUAAUUUUUUCACUAAUCCUUCACUUCAUUUUGCUACAAGGGACACUCAUGAGUAAUCCAAAUAAAGAUUAUGAACAUCAAUCGUCCCGGGAAAUAAGGUCUCCAAAAGUGAAGCCGAUGGAUCCCUCUAAAUUGAGUAUGGCAAAACUGGACGUCAAUUCUCCAGAGCAAAAUAUGGCUGAAAGAACUAUCGUUUUUAAAGACGGAGCAAAGACAAAGCCCAAAAAUAUUAACACGGCGCCAAAAGCAUCCCGCGAAGCUGCAAAAUAUGAUUAUCAUCCGCGGCGACGGGAGAGACCACGAUCGGGACGAAGAAAGAGGGUAUUUGUUGAUUUACCAAAUCUUGAUUGGCCAAACAAUGAAAUCCCUUACGAAAUUGCAUUCCGAUCGUAUCGAUCACCAGCGACCAAAGCAAAAAUAGAGUCCGUGUUUGGUGAAGCCGUCUCCAAAUUCAAUAAUGCAGGAUGCGUUAAAUGGGUCCCAAGAAAUUCAGAAACCCAUUAUAUCACUGUCUUCGGCAAUGAACAAAUUUGCGCGUCAUACGUUGGCUGUCUGUAUGCUGGACAACAACCUCUUUGGCUGUACGCUCCUGGCUGCGAUUAUGUUGAUACUGCUCUUCAUGAAAUGCUUCACGCUUCCGGGGCAAUGCACGAACAAUCCAGAAUAGCCGACAGAAACCGACUCAUUUCAUUCAAUUGGGACGCCGUUUCUGCAUCAUCAGAAUUCAACUAUGUAGGAGUACAAACAUCCAAGGCUCGAAAUUAUGAUCUUGGAUCCGUUCUGCAAUACGCUCUGACGUUCGGUGGGCAGACGUAUAUGACCUCCAAUGACCCUGAUUUGACCUACCUGACUACGCAGGCGCUGGAUGACCUAUCAUUUUAUGAUGUCGCAGAGCUGAACGCAUUUUAUCAUUGUGCUGAUAGCUGUGCUGGUGAACCCCCUUGUCAAAACCAAGGAUUUAUGAAAUACAACGGCGUCUGUAGUUGUGUCUGUCCAGAAGGUUUAACCGGAAGUGAUUGUACAGAACUGGAUACAUCCCCAGGAUGCGGGGAAAUUAUUACUUUGGAUGUAGGGGACACUCAGCAGGUUAACCUGUCACCCUAUUCGACUGGAAUCCAUUGCUCAUGGUUGGUCAAGGGCGCAGACAAAACAAAAAUAAGGAUGACCAUUGAGUCUAUGAAUCUUCCUACAAGCGACCAAAACGAUUGCUUCCAUUUUCUAGAAAUUAAAGAUUAUUUGGCUGGUUCUCCGGGAAAAUUAGUUUGUGGUAACUCUGGAGGAGGCGUAUUCACCAAGAAGCUCCUCGGACCAAGCAACAUGAUGAUCAUCAGGUUUGACAGCGAGACCUACAGCACGGUGGCCCCAGGGACAGGGUUUACCUUUACUGUCGAGGCAGCACCCUCAGCAUGCUCUAGCAAUCCAUGUAAAUACCCCGCCAUGUGUACAGAUGGCACCACAAUCGAUGAUUACACCUGCGACUGUACUGAUGGUUAUUCCGGUGUCAAUUGCGAUACCAUUGCUGCUUCUGCUACUGUGGUCGAAAGUUUUGAAAAGGAUUUUUCAACACUGAUGGAACUCGUAAAGGAAACACAGUUUACGUGGUCUACUACAGCGAAUCCUUUCUUCGGUCAAGGACAAAUUACACCUGUUGACGGUUCGCUAGUGGCUGAAUUGUGGAAUUAUUUUGAUGCAUUCGGGGCUUCUCUGGCGAUUGGUGCCACGGCUAAGAUGCAGACAUCAGUCGUUUUUGAAAGUGCAGAUCGCUGUUUGAGGUUUAAUUACGUCAUAUCGGAUCGAAAUGUUGGGAGCUCUGCAGUCACAAGUCUGAAUGUCUAUGUCAAGGGAGACUCUGGAACUACAGCACCACCUUACGUGUUCGAUACAAAUACGGGGAAUUCUUGGGUACAGGCAGAGAUAGACUUGCCUUCAAUGGAAAAUAUGAAGAUCAUAUUUGAAGGUGUAAACGGAGAACAAGAAUUAGCUGUUGAUAAUAUUCGAAUAUCUCCCCAAUUAUGUGAUGUUGGAAACCCUUGCACGGGAAUAGACUGUAACAACGGACAGUGCGUGGAGGAUAACGAGUCCUUCCAAUGUCAGUGUGACGCUGGGUGGUCGGGAGAUUUCUGUGAUAUUGCCGUUGUGACGUACACCUGCGAUUUUGAGAUGGUGGAUGAAUCUAACUGUGCUUUUAUUGAAAGUUCAAAUGACGACUUUGAUUUUACAAGAAAUAGCGGAUUAACACCAACUUCCUUGACAGGACCUGUUGGUGCUAAAACAGGAACUUUUUAUAAGUACACGGAGAUUUCAGGACAGCUGACAGGUGAUGUUGCCUCCUUGGAAACAAGCGUCAGCUUUAAUGCUGGAACUUAUUGUCUUCGCUUUUGGGCCUCCAUGUACGGAAAAGAUAUUGGAUCACUGUCAAUUUUGACAAAAGACGGCACGUCACCAGAAACCCUUAGAAGGGUAUUUAACGGACAACAGUCAAGCAAUUGGUUUCUGAUAACAGAACAGCUGACUCUGACGUCAUCAGAUAUGAUUAUCAUAAGAACUGUCCGAGGAGGAAAGAACAGGAAUCAAGAGAGAGGAGAUAUUGCUCUGGAUAAUAUUGUUCUCACCGAAGGAUCAUGUGCCUAAAAAGGCGUCGCUACAAAGAGUCAUGUUCAUGAUUGUACAAAAAGUAUAUUCUGAAGAUUUUAAAUAAACAUUUACAGCAUCAAGAUUAUGGCUUUUCUUGCAUAUGAGAGAAGUCUACCGAGCAGUCUAAAAUGAUUAAAAUUCAAAAUAACGAAAAUCAAAGAUUGACUUUCAGAAAUCUUAAGUUACCUAAGCUUUAAAUUCAUUUUUGGUAAACAAUGACACAGACAUUUCUUUAUAUUUGCAUAUGCAUUAUACUUUCCCAUUGU